CAAGUCACUAGUUCAAAGUCAAACUCAGGCUCCCAAACACACACAGAGACAUAGUUUGGUUGAGAUCUACACAGCACCAAAAUAUCUCAUAAAAAUGCCGAGCCGAUGUGCGAUCUGCUGCGAGAUUUUGAUCGCCAUCCUGCUACCGCCGUUGGGGGUUUGCCUCAGACACGGCUGCUGCACCGUUGAGUUUCUGAUAUGCUUGUUGUUGACUUGUCUGGGUUACAUUCCGGGAAUCAUCUACGCGCUCUACGCAAUCGUGUUCGUUGAUCGUGAUGAGUACUUUGACGAAUACCGCCGUCCCCUCUAUGCUCCUGCACCUCCUGCUUAUAAUUAGCUGGGAGAAAUUGUUGUUCAGUAAUUUAACUGUGUUUUAUGUACUCGUAUUAUGGGAUGAUGCGUUUGCUUUUGUUUAGUGUUUCUUAAUAAAACUAAUGUGAGUGUUUG